CGUCGGUGGUGCUAAUGUUAGCAUAAAGAAUUUCUCUAAGCUGAUGAUCGUCACUGCAACUUCAGUAAAUUGUUUUGAUGGAUAAACAUAGGUGUCAAUAACAUUUCUGACCACAGACAAUUUUUUUUGGUGUUGUAAGAUACAUUUUAAGGGAAAUUAUGCUUUGUGGAAUUUUUAUAGUGUUACUGAUGUCUUUAUGACAUUUCGUGCCACCAUUCCUGUAACGUUAGUUAGCUUAUUUUUAGGCGUAGCCUUUACUUAUCAUUACCUGUUGUUAGAGAGAACGUUAGCAUUUGUAUCCGAACCCCUGUCCAGCACCCUUGCUCUAAGGGCUUUUAUGUCUGGACUAAUGUUCAAGAAAAUGUUGGACAUCCAUUUAUACUCUUCUCAGGGGGUCCUGGAAGCGGAGACAAGAAUGAGAGGUGAGGGCUUGAGCCCAUAAUAAAACUGAAACAAAGGAGAAUGAUUUCACGAUACAACAGGAGACCUGUAUCGCACAAGCUUGAGAUUCGUGGAUUGUCUCGAAGCCGCCUUGAUCACCACCCUCUCCCAGAAGAAGCAGAUGAUAACCAAACUCCUCCACACUACCUCCACAACUUUCAGGAAGCUUCCUCUGCACACAACAGCUCACAGGCAUCUGCUGCUUCAGUUCACUCUGACUGCACCACUGUCAUCUCAGUGGACUCCCACCAGUCCUGGUCAGGUAUCCACAGCUCCACAGGUACUGGCAUCUCCACAGAGAGAAGCUCUGUUUUCUCCUGGGGCUAUGAUGAGUUCGACAAGGCAGCGUCUCGGCAGGUGCAGCAAAUGUUUGAGGAGAUUGACAAAGAGCUGUAUGAAGGGAGAGGAAGUGGGGGUGGGAUACCACAGGGGCUGCAGGAUGAAUGUCAGCAGUGGACCACACGCUUUCCACAUCUUCGGAUCUUGGGAAGUCAGCUGAUGUGUCCCACUGAUGAGGGCUUCCAGUGGUAUGCUACUCCAGGGUCAGCCAGCCCUGUCAGCAGCACAUCUGCAGGCAACGACAGCGAUUUGAAGUCCCAGGACAAAGAUAAGGGUGGUGCAGAGUUGAAUGUGCAGGGCAAGAGAGCUGCCCUGAUCAAGUCCUCCUCAGGAGAACUGGAUGGCCCUCUUAACAACUCUAGUGGCUCUGGCAGCCAUGACAAACUGGAAGUGAUUGAAGUAGAGGGUUUGAUGGAGGAAUACCUGGCUUUUGAUAGCAGGGAUCUAGACAGUGAGUGGGACCAGGAUUAUUCAGAGUCAGUUCGGAGGCAUCGCUGUCUGCCUCCUGUGUCACCAUAUCGCUGUCGCCGUCAAGCUGUUCUCGACUUGCUGUUUGAUGAUGUGUGGCAGGAGCUGGUUGGCUGGAUGAAAGAGCUGGUCCAACGCCACUGGGAAUGCUGCACCACACAUGAUGAAACCAUUUCUGGGAGCUUGAGCCCUGUACAGUCAGACUCCCAGAAUCCUUUAAUGCUGCUUUCCUCACUGCCCACAAUGCUGCCCAAACUUAGCCAGAGCCGGGUCCCACCGCUCACAGCUGGCCCACAGUUCCAGAACACAAAGGCAAAGGGCUCAAAGCACAAGUCCAGACGGAAAUCCAAAAUGCAGAAAAAGCCUUCCAGUGUUGGUAGGGUGCCUAUAGGAGCAGCAGCAACCCAACACAACCUGAAUGACCUCAUCAUGAUCCAGAGCAUCCCCCUGCAGCAGAGGAAUCUGGGUGCACUGGAGAGAAACCAAGAGCCAGAGGAGCGUAUGUCUCGCAGGCCAGGCUCGAGUGUGGUCCUCUCCAGCAAGCCUCGCCCUCGCCGAGCCCUAGAGCAGAGCUCUUCCUCGCUGUCUCGCCCCGCACAGUCAGCCCGACGCAGAAAUCCUCCUCCUCGAACCCUACUGCCAUUGGUUCCCAGCUUUAGUCAGUCCAGCACAGGUGUAUCCCUGGAUGAGGUCAUCCGUGGGACACGUCUAACAACAGCCAGCGAUCAUCUGACGUCUCCACUGUUGCCUCUGAGUCGAAACACACUCCUUCCUCCCAUCAGCACCGGGGAUUCAGAGCCAUCUCAUCCAGGCCAGCAGUCCAAGCUCACACAGCGUCAGAAAGGUGCAUCCAGCCGUGCCCACAGUGCUAUAAAUGACGAAGCUGGCAGCUCAUUACCAAGGGAUCGUCACCACCUGCUGGAUGCCUUCUCACGUCCCAACACAACUCACACAUACAGAUCAGACACGCCAUACCGCCGUUCCUUCACAGUACUCGACAACAUAGGGCAGGGACGUCCAGGCAGAGCAUCUGUGGGCAUAGACUCUCUGGGAAUCGGUGUAACUGGCAUCAGUCUCGGCAUCAGCAGCUCAUCUUUCUUGGACUCAUUUUCUCACCACCCUCUGGGACACUCGCCCAUCAAAGACGAAGAGGAGCCAGACCCACAAGCCUCUAUCCCAGCUCCACUGGUGCCUGUGUCAGUCCCAUCUCGGGCGUACACCCGCGGAGGCGUCUCAUCCAGAGCCAGCAGACCUGGCUUGUAGUUUGCCUCCCAUCUCCACAAUCUUCAGCCAGUCAUCUUUUCAUGAAGCAACACUGCAGCAUCUGUGCCCACUGAACAGUUUUGUUUUACAGAAGUAGCACAUUUUUUUAAUACAGUGCUGCUUGGGUGGAGGUUUUUUUUGUUAAAGGCUUAUUUUUCUAUUGCAGAAAUCAGCUUAUGUGGCUGCCAAACAGCUAAAGUGACUCUGUCCUUAUAUACAAUAUAAGCCAUCUGUGUGGAUAUAUGCAUGAUCUAAAUAUGUUUGUGUGUGUGUGUGUGUGUAUAUAUAUAUAUAUAUAUAUAUAUACACACGUAUGUGUGUGUAUAUAUGUAUAUGUAAGCCACUGACAGGGAUUGAGGAUAAAACUAUAUUUCUUCUCCAACGUUACAUCAGAAUUUAGUACUGUACAACUUUUAAAUAACCUGCAGACAAAAAUCUUCAUCUGCAGCUUGUGUGCAUACAGGAGCCAGUGACAAUAGGUGCCACACUCUCUAUUGAAGCUGACUAAAAAUCAUUACAGGAAAGGAUGUAGCAGCUGUAUGAACUGAACAAGUGCUUCUACUAGAAUUAUCCUACAAUGUAGGAAUGUGUAUAUGAAGUAAUUGUAAAUAAAUUUAAAGUAAUGAUUUCUGUACAAAGAACUGUAUUAAAUGUGAUCUCCGUU